GCGCCCGCGGAGCCCGGGCGGCUGGGCGGGGUAGGGCGGCGAGCCCAUACGAGGGCCUCGCCUCCAGUCCGACCGCCGCCCCCUGGGGCCCCUCCGUGGGCGGCGGGGCUUCCUGGGGUCCCCCCCGCCGCGUGGCCCUCCCGGAAGUGGGGGCGGGCCCCACCCCGGCCACACGGACCCCGCCCUUCUGGCCUGGGGCCCGCCGCUGCACCUCUCGCAGCCUAAGUUUCUGCAGUCACCGAGUGGGGCGGGCGCCCCCAGCCGGGCCUUCCUCCCAGGGUAGCUGUGAGCUUCGCGGGGGGUCGGGGUGCCGCAUACACUGUGGCGUGCGGGGCACACAGGAACUGGGCGGGCGCCCCGCGGGUGCUCUCUCCCGGGUCCUGCAGCCCGGCAGGGGCGAGGCCGGGCCCGGAUGGAGCCCAGGCCCCGAGACAGAGCUGCUGGGAGGCCGGCGCGGCGGCCUUAGGGCGCUUUGCUGGGGAAGGUGGUGAAGACGGGGCCGGGGCUUUUCCCCAGGUUGGCCCGGCGCCAUCUGGAGCUCCAGUGAGGCCUGUGUUGCCUCUUCAGAGCAGGGUAGAGGGGACAGGGAAAUCACAAGAUGACGCCGGCCAGGUUUGCUUUCCAACAGUCCUUUGGAAUAAAACAGUAGAACCUAAUGUCCGCCGAAAAGCAUUUCCAUUUUUCAGGGAUUGUGUCAUUAAGGCCAGUCACGCCGGUGAUGUCGCAAGUCUCAGUUAUGCUGCAAAAGAUGCCGAGCCCCUACGUACCCUUUCUUGCCUCUUACUUGCUUACAACGUUUGGUUUCUGAAUUAGGUGACAGCUUUAUGUUUUCCUGCCUUUUAUCCUCAAAAUGUGAAUGAUUCUGGAGCCAGUUUAGUUCACCGUGUUAUUUGACAGAGGGAAGCUGGGAAAUAACAAGGAGAAGUAAGCCCGCUUCUAUGUAAGCAAGCAGAGUGUGCUAAGGGCUUUCCCUGUCACCCUGUAGAGAGGGAGAGCCAGGGUUGGAGGCUCGGGUUGAAGUGCCUUGGCCAAGUCCAAACUAGAACCGGGCCUCUGGCGCCUUUUGUUUUGGUUUACUUGAUGUCCCAGGAUAUCCCCGCCCUUCUCUGGGACUUCUUCCCUGUGGGUCUGGGGUGUGCUGUGCUGUCUCCGGUCACUCCUAGUAAGAUCCUUGGGGCUGCUCAGGGAGGGUUUGCUCACCACACCAGGGCUCUGAGUGACCCACGGUAAAAUGAGAGUGCCCGCAAGGAAACAGUAGGUGGGAAUUAGUAUUUGUGGGCCCCUGCUAUGUCCAAAGGAUUGUGCUGGCCCGGUUCGUGUUCUCCGUUGAGGAGGGCGGGGGUGGGUGAGAUACAGGGCACCCCCUGCCUCCUGGCUGUUUGUUCGGAGCAGACUGCCUAAGGGCCGGAGAGAGACAUUUGACCGCUGAGUCCUUUGCCAGCUUGUCCUUCCAGAGAUGGGCGGCAGUCAGAUGACAGGCUUCCUUUGCUCGCUCUCAUGACCUCUCUGUUUGAAGUGUUUGCAGGACCCGAGAUGCCACGCUGCUGUCCUUGAGCUGGUCAUCGAGUCUGUCUGCUGCAGCCCUUUCUGAACCUCAGGCUGUGCGGAGGCUCCCCUGCGCUCCUCGCCAAGGUAGACGAUCCCGCCUGACCCAGGGGUCGAACAGAGAUGAAGUGUGUCUUGGUGGCCACAGAAGGUGCCGAGGUCCUCUUCUACUGGACAGAUGAGGCGUUUGCCGAGAGUCUGCGGCUGAAGUUCGGGCGCUCAGAGAAUGAGGGAGAAGAGCUUCCCGCCCUGGAGGACCAGCUCAGCACCCUCCUGGCCCCAAUCAUCAUCUCCUCCGUGACCAUGCUGGAGAAGCUCUCAGAUACAUACACCUGCUUCUCGACGGAAAAUGGCGAUUAUCUAUACGUCCUUCACCUGUUUGGAGAAUGCCUGUUCGUUGCCAUCAACGGAGACCACACGGAGGGCGAGGGUGACCUGCGGCAGAAGCUGUGUGUGCUCAAGUACCUCUUCGAGGUGCACUUCGGCCUGGUCACCGUGGAUGGCCAGCUCAUCCGAAAGGAGCUGCGGCCCCCGGACCGUGAGCGGCGCGUCCAGGUGUGGGAGCACUUCCAGAGCCUGCUGCGGACGUACGACCGCCUGCGGGAGCAGGAGCAGUGCUUCGCCGUGGAGGCUGUGGAGAGGCUGAUUCACCCUCAGCUCUGUGAGCUGUGCAUAGAGGCCCUGGAGCGGCACGUCAUCCAGGCUGUCAACUCCAGCCCCGAGAGGGCCGGCGAGGAGGCCCUGCACGCCUUCCUGCUCGUACACUCCAAGCUGCUGGCCUUCUACUCCAGCCACAGUGCCAGCUCCCUGCGCCCAGCAGACCUCCUCGCCCUCAUUCUCCUGGUCCAGGAUUGCUACCCCAGCGAGAGCACAGCGGAGGAUGACGACCUUCAGCCUUCUCCACGGAAGCCACGGAGCAGCCAGAGCAUCCCCGUGCAGCAGGCCUGGAGCCCUGCAUCCACAGCCCGGGCCAGGAGGAGUUCUGCAACCGAGACCGACAGCUUCUCCCUGCCUGAGGAGUACUUCACACCAGCUCCUUCCCCCGGCGAGCAGAGCUCAGGUAGCACCGUCUGGCUGGAUGAGGGCACCCCACCCACGGAGGCUCCCCAGGUCCAGAUAGCUGAAGACACCCUCCAGACGCUGAUCCCUCACUCCCCAGUUGCUUCCAGCCCCAGAAGGAUUUUCCUGGAUGCCAGCGUGAGGGAGAACCACUGCCCCAUGGUUCCCCACACGGCUUACUGCCUGCCCCUGUGGCCGGGCAUCAACAUGGUGCUCCUGACCAAGAGCCCCAGCAGCCCCCUGGCCCUCGUCCUGUACCAGCUGCUGGACGCAUUUUCCCUACUAGAGAAGAAGCUGAAGGAGGGGCAGGAAGCCGGGACCACCCUGCGGUCCCACCCCCUCAUGGGGGACCUGCGUCAGAGGAUGGACAAAUUUGUCAAGAAUCGUGGGGGACAGGAGAUUCAGAGCACCUGGCUGGAGUUCAAGAGCAAGGCUUUCUCCAGGAGCGAACCCGGGUCAUCCUGGGAGCUGCUCCAGGCGUGUGGGAAGGUGAAGCGGCAGCUUUGUGCCAUCUACCGUCUCAGCUUCCUGACCACGGCUCCGGGCCGGGGGGGCCCCCAUCUGCCUCAGCAGCUACAGGACCAGGUCCAGAGCAUCAUGCAAGAGAAGCUGAUGGACUGGAAGGACUUCUUGUUGGUGAAGAGUAGGAGAAACGUCACCAUGGUGUCCUACCUAGAAGACUUCCCAGGCUUGGUGCAUUUCAUCUAUGUGGACCGCACAACUGGCCAGAUGGUGGCCCCUUCCCUCAGCAGCAGCAAAAGGAUUUCUUCAGAGUUGGGCAGAGGGCCGCUGGCCACCUUCAUCAGAACCAAGGUCUGGUCUCUGAUCCGGCUGGCACGCAGAUACCUGCAGAAAGGCUACACCACGCUGCUGUUCCGGGAAGGCGACUUCUGCUUCUCCUAUUUCCUGUGGUUCCAGAACGAGAUGGGGUACAAACUCCAGAUCAUAGAGGUGCCCGUGCUCUCGGAUGACUCGACCUGCAUCGGCGUGCUGGGAGGAGACUACUACAGGAAGCUCCUGCGUUACUACAGCAAGAGCCACCCCGCCGAGGCCGUCAAGUGCCACGAGCUGCUGGCCCUGCACCUGUCAGUCAUCCCCACAGACGUGCUGGUGCAGCAGGCCGGCGAGCUGGCCCGGCGCCUGUGGGAGAACUCCCGCCUGCCCCUGCUCUAGGCCAGGGCACGCUGGCCUGGCACAGGCUGGGGGUGAGCAGCCCCCCACCUAGACUAGUCUCCCCUCCAGGUACCAAACCCCCAAAUCCUUCUCUUUGGGGGAGGAAGGAGGCCGGUGGGGGGAGGGGUCCCUUGGCCUCCUUAAAAAACAACAGUGGCAUUGAGGUUAGAACUGGGACAGCUGCUCUCAGAGCUGCCUCUCCCUUUAUCCCCAGGAGACAGGAAGUCCCCAGUGCCCCCAGGUUUCUGAAGAUACCUCCUUUAUGCUUUCCUUGGAGUGGAGAAAGAGCUUCCUCAGGAAGCUGUUUCCCACCCCAAAGGCAAGGUGCUGCCUUGGCUGGGUGGGGGUUCCCGCUGUGCCCCUUCGUCUCUGCAGCUCCAGGCAGGUUUCCUGCACUCUAAACCCGUUUCCCCGCUUUCAGACGGAUAGCAACCACCUCUCAGGGUGGUUCUGAGGGCUGCCCGACACACGGCAGGUGCUCAAUAAAUGCUGGUUGUGGUUGUUCAAGCCAAA